AGUCACUUCGUUUCUCUCUCUCGCUCUCUUCAUUCAGUCGCUACACUUCCCCCUCUGGCUAGGGCCUUAGCUUCCAUUCUUUAAACCAUAGUCUCUUUUAUUUUUCGUUCUUACGGAAAACCCAUAUAUUUUAUUUAACAACUUCUACCACAUUUUUUCGCCAGAAACAAAAAAUGUACACCAACGCCCUUACUGCACUUGCGCUCUUUGGCAGCCUCGCCAGCGCCCUGCCCGCAGCUAAUCUGAGCGCGCGCCAAAAUAAGCCCUGCUUCGUCAUCGGCAACCAGCAGCUCCCUGCCGAGACGAGCGCAGUAGUCGACCAAAUCAAAGGCAGCGUCACGUGCAACAACAACGCCAAAACAAUCGAUAACAUCCCCGACGUGACCUCUGGCGGCCAAACCUUUUCCCAGAUUAACUUUGCCUCCUCGGGCCAGGGCCCCCUCGCCUUCUCCCUGGGCCUCUUUGAAACCGCAACGCCCCUCGCAGAAUCCAACCUCGAGGCCUUCCAAGACGCCCUCAACGUCUACCACGCCACCGAAGCCGGUCUGCGCAGCGAGGGCAGCGCCCAGGUCAACAGCAUCAAGGUCCCCAAGUUCUUCCUCCAAAUGCAGAUUUCGAGGAUCGAAACUGCGCUUGGUAGGGCGCCUACUGCUCCCGGUCUCCAGGUUGACCAUCUGAGGGAUAAGAUCAAUGAGGCUGCGGGACGCGAGAGCCAGGAUCUCAAGGAUCAGGUUACGCAGUUGGCGACGCAGUUGCAGUAGAGGUUUUUUUUUGGUGGAGUAUGAAUGUGGGCAUGGGGGGAGCGAGAGAGACUGAUUGUAUCACUACUACAUAUAUUAUACCUGAAUAGGAAGGAGAGGGAGA